AUGUUGCUGAGCCACGGCGCCGAUCCGAACUCCACCGAUACAGCGGGAUUGACGCCUCUUCUCCGUAUUUGCUCGCAUGGCUACUCCGACCACACUGACUUGGCGAAAAUGUUACUCGAGCUCGACAGCGACGAGUAUCCAGCGGCUGAUCGGGUCGAUGCCCAAGACCCGAUGGACAGGACUGCGUUGCACUGGACCGCGACUCGAGACAAAAAGAGGCUAGCCGAAGUGCUGCUGAGGGCCGGCGCCAACGAAUGUCUAGCGAAACAGCUCGAAGCCCGAGACAACAGAGGCAACACACCGUUGCUUUUGGCUCUGAAGAAUCCAGUCGACAAAAAGGAGACGGUCGAAUCGCUGCUGAAACGAGGCGCCGAUCCGAAUGCGGCCAUGAGAAAUGACGGAUCGACUCCUUUGCAAGUUAUUUGCGACAGAUUCGAGGACGACGGCUUAUUGGAGCGAUUUUUCGAGAUCUGUGAAGAAAUCAACAAGACGGUGCUAGUCGAUGCUUUUAACGAUCGCGGCGAAACAGCCGAGGGAUCGACUCUUUUACACGUCAUCUGCAACAAAAACCGAGACGACAAAUCGGCCAAGAUUCUAUUCAAGAUCUGCGACGACAUCCAUCGGACGGUGCAGGUCGACGCCGAGGACAACGACGGUAACACGGCGUUGCAGUUGGCCGUGGCGAAUAUUUUGCCCAAUACCGUCGAUGUGCUCUUGAAUCACGGCGCUGAUUUGUCCAAAUGCCGCUUUCCAACGAUAAUCGAUCCAAAAUGGUCGUACUUUGGUAAUAAUGGUUUACUGAGAGCAGCAUCCGGUGCCCUGGCCGUCGCCGAGCAUCUCGAGACAAGGGGAUACGAUUUUAGCCGAAGCGACGCCCUGACGAUCAUGCAAUUUUUCGCUAAACACGGUCUGUUCGAGAAGUCGUCGGAUCUUAUAAGAUACGGGUGCAAUAACAAGACGUUCGCGAAGGAAGUGAAGAAAAUUAAGAUAAAUUCAAGCCUGUCGCUCUACGAUCUGAUCCAGUUGCGGCCCGAAGAAGAGGAAAAACUACUCACGUAUAUGGACUACUUCAUUUUCGCGAGUCGUGGAAUAGGGCCGUAUUAUAGAUCGAAUUAUACGACUUUUAAUGUGUUUUUGCAUAUGUACGAAAAACUAUCGAGAGGAUUUUUUCGGCGCUGGGCACUGGGUCCUUUUAGGGAACUGAUACACGAACGGCUGCCGCUCGAGUGCUGCGAAAUGGUCCUGGAAAAUCUGAACAACCGAGAUUUGGGCAAUAUCUGCGCGGCGGUUGCAGGCCAAAGCUCGUGA